AUGGGUCGUUUCGCAUGCCCAGGAGUUCUUAAACUCGCCAUGGUGCUGGUAACAGUCCCCGUUGCAAUGGCACGACAAGCCUAUCCUACCCGCCUCCCUGUGCCCGUCACUCUAGGGCACGCCACCGUCAUCACACCAACGCAGACUUACCCCAACACUACCAACAACAACAUCAACGACACGUCCCUGCCCGUCCAAACCGACGAGCCCGACUCGACCUUGUGUGCCCCCCCAGGUCCGCUGCGGAUCAUCGACGAGGACCCGGUGUUCAAGUACGUGGGGUGCUGGUCGGAAUUGACGCUCAUCGAUCCUGCCAUGCACGCUCUGGACGGGCCUUCGCUCAUGGCCCCCGGGCUCAUGAACGUGCACCUGUGCGUCGACUUCUGCCGCCACACCCAGAACAGGAACGCCCCGAACCGCACCGGGUUCCAGUACGCCGCGCUCGAGUACUCCUUCCAGUGCUGGUGCGGCGACCACCUCUCCGAGCACAGUUCCCAUUUGGUCGAUACCGUGUGCGAUCUUCCCUGCGACGGCGCCAACACGACGGCCUGCGGCGGCCACCUCGCCAUGACGCUGUACAACGCCACGCAGAAGAAGACGCCCGGCGGCGGCAACGACGGGUUCGGCAACGGAACCGGCAACGGCACCGGCGGCAGCGUCGAUGCCGACCUACCCCGGGGCCCCGACGCCCAGGCCGCCCUCCAAACCGUCGGCCUUGGUCUCCUCGCGCUCGCUGUGACUUUCGCUCUGGGCUGGGAGUGCUUGUAA